CCUAAUAUCUCUCAAAGGAAGAGUUCGCGUACAUUAUGUAACAUUUGAUGCUGCAUUUCCCAAGAUUGCAAACGGAGCCUGUAUGGGAGAGUUUGCCAGACGAGAAGAAAGGCUGCGUUAAUUGAAGACGAUUCAAAGGAAGAAGAAAAUCAUUCGCCUCACCAGUUGAAAACUCAUCUGGGUAUUUCGAGCAGCCGCAACUUGCAACUUCACAGUGAUCGCUUUCUUUUUGGUGAUUCAUCAGCAUGGACAGUAUAAGUAGAUCUUCUAUAGCUACGCUAUGAUUACAUGCAGUCAUCCAGAAUUUCUCAGACAUCUAGAUUUGGCACUUCCUACGAAGGCAACGGACCGUCAGUUUCCUUAAAAUGUGGUGGAUUUUCCUGAUGUUAUCUCAUGCCAUACAAGCUAUUUCUCCCAGUGACAAUUCAAUAAGUUUCUUGACUUAUAAUGCUUGUGAAAAGCCAUUUGUCUGUAAAUCGGCUAUUCAGUGCUCCAUUUGGUAUAAUGAAUUGCAAGCAUUACCACCAAAACCUUGCUUUAAUUCGGAAGGUUAUGUUGGGCUUUGCUGUCCACACGUAGCUAACAUAAAACCCACUGUAUUGAAGGAAACGGGAAUAGAAGAGGUGCUUCCGCCUGUCCAGUCUCUUUCUCCGAUACUUCUGGAAUUAAGUGCUCGUGCUGCUCGGUCCGAUUUGAAUUACCUCAGUAUUAUUGAGGAAAUUCUCGGUCGUAACGACAUAGUGAUGCACGAAAAUUCAAUGGCCAGGACUCAUUCAGCCAGUGUGGCUCCUUUCGAAACAACCCGUUCUCAGAGUCAAAAGGCCCUGUUGGUAGUUAGCGCUACCCGUCGUUUACAACACAAAUUGGCCCUUUCGCCGGAACGAGCUGGAUUCGCAUUGCAAGCGAUCGAUACACGACUGAGUUUUCUCGAGGACACCUGUCCCUUGCUCCCAACCUGUUUGCGCCAAAAAUAUCGGUCUUUUGAUGGAACAUGCAAUAAUCUACGACGUCCUUCUUGGGGUAGCGCUUUGACGUCGCUCGACCGUCUUGCUCCCCCAGAAUACGACGACGGUAUUUGGGAUCCCAAAAUCAGGAAAUCGAACAAAGAGCUUCCAAACGUUCGUGUUGUAAGAACAACCGUAGUUACAGACGAGAACCAUCCAGCUGUCGAUAUGACUCAUAUGCUAAUGCAAUGGGGUCAAUUCGUCGAUCACGAUAUGGUUCAAGUACCAGUCUUUCAGACAGCAAACCAAUCAAACAUUGAAUGCUGCACUCCAGAAGGUGGAAUACUUCCACCAGAACUCCGACAUCCUCAUUGUUUUCCAAUUGACAUUCCAGCUAAUGAUCCUUUCUACGGUCCAAGAGGCGUUCGAUGCCUGAACUUUGUCCGUUCCAUGAUUACUCCUCGAACUGAAUGCCGAAUGGGUUAUGCAGAUCAAAUGAACCAGCUUACUCAUUUUAUUGACGCAUCCCAUGUGUACGGGCCAUCACCUAUCAUUGCUGCGAACUUGCGUCAGUUUGUCGGAGGCCUCAUGAAAACAUCGGUCAUCGAGGGCCGUCAAUACCCGUUACAAGACUUCCAAGGCAAAAAUUGCGUCGGUGUAACUAGGGACACUGGUUGUUUUGUUGCAGGAGAUAAACGCGUUAAUCAAAUUAUGACGCUUACCAGCUUGCACGUCAUCUUUCUGCGUCAUCACAAUUACAUUGCUACAGCACUGAGUGCAAUCAAUUCUCACUGGAGUGAUGAAAUUCUUUAUCAGGAGACUCGACGAAUUAUUGGAGCUUUGAUGCAGCACAUCACCUACAACGAAUUUCUCCCAUCGAUACUCGGCCGCCAGACGAUGGAAAUCUAUGGUUUGACUCCUCAAAGUGCUGGUUAUUCAUCAAGUUACGACGAAAAUGUUAAUCCAUCAAUCACUAACGAGUUUGCCGCUGCUGCUUUCCGUAUGGGCCACUCGCUCAUUCAGGGAUCAAUCAACCUCGUCGAAGAAGAUGGCAAAGUCCGUGUGGAGCUAAUGCGAAAUUGGUUCAACAACCCCCAUUUACUUCGCCAAUCUGGCCAGUUGGAUGCUGUAUUGCGCGGCAUGAUUGACCAAUGGCCCCAAAACAUGGACGAAUGGGUAUCUGAGGAUCUAACGAAUCAUCUUUUCCAAAGACCAAAAAAGGAUUUUGGAUUAGAUCUUAUUUCCAUUAACCUUUGGCGUGGUCGUGACCAUGGGUUGCCAGGUUACAAUACUUAUCGCCAAGUCUGUGGUUUGCCACCUGCCACGAGUUUUCAAGAUCUUUUGACAAUAAUGGAUCACUCGGUAGUAAAACGUUUGGCCUCAGUUUAUCGCUCAGUCGACGACAUCGAUCUUUAUAUUGGUGGUCUGGUUGAACAUCAUUUACCUGGCUCAAUGCUCGGACCCGUCUUUUCAUGUAUAAUUGCUGAACAAUUUGCUCGUUCGAAAGAGGGCGAUCGUUUCUUUUACGAACAUGGUGGACAGCCCUACUCCUUUACACCAGCUCAACUACAAGAAAUUCGUAAAAUGAGUUUGGCUGCCAUAAUUUGUGAUAAUGCUGACAAUAUAGUGAAAGUGCAACCACUGGUUUUCCGCCAUCCUUCUCCCACGAAUCCUCGCGUUAAUUGCAAAUCACCAAUAAUUCCACGCAUGAAUCUUGCCGCCUGGACCGGAUAGCGGGUUUUGUUGAACGCUUUGGACCUUGUACAAAUCAGAGCUCUUAUUAAAUUGUACAGAUUAUUAGAGCUGGCGGAAAACUAGAUCAUUAUCAAAUUGCUCCAAAUUGUUUUCAAGGUCAGAAUAAAGUAGAUGACCAUAUCGACUGCAAGUUUAUGUAUAUGUUGGUAAUCAUGGUAUUCUUGCCAAAGUCACACUUGUCGCAUCUUUAAUCAUGUAAUUGGCGAUAAAUCAUACGUAGUUGUAAUUCAAAAUGGAACAUGGC